AUGCCGCGCAUCGUGCUGACACCUGAGCAGAUACAGGCGGAGGCGGCGCACAUCUUGUCGCUCCCGCGCGAUCAGGUGAGGGAUUGGCUUCGCCAGACAGAUGAAGAGCUGGCCCGUAGAGAAGCCAGACGUGCCAAGGUCCACGCACUGCAGGAGCUCGGCCUCGACAAGAAGGAGGCAAAAGCACUCUUGAAGCUUGUCGGAGGCGAUGUCCAGCUUGCUGUGGAGGCUGUCCUCGGAGAUUCGCCACGUGCGAUGAAAGCCGAGGCCGACGCAGAGGCUGCAAGAAAAGAAGCCCGGGAGGCAGUCCCUUUCCAACCUUCGGAGCACAUGCCGGGCGCGACUCUCCAGAGCGAGCGUACCGAUGCGGUCAGCUUGGCUCCCAAUCCAUAUCCCUGCAGAGUUCCGCAGUGGCCACAGGGU